AUGGGAAUCAGGAAUCAGACACGAGUGGUGGAAUUUGUUUUCCUGGGUUUCUCUGGCAUUCCAAACAGCCACAUCUACCUCUUCCUGCCAUUCCUAGCCAUUUACAUGGUCACUGUAUUGGGGAACCUCAUGAUAUUUACUAUGAUUCAACUGGAUUCCAGCCUCCAUAGCCCCAUGUACUAUUUCCUCAGCCAUCUCUCCUGCUUAGAUAUCUGCCUCUCCUCGGUCACCAUCCCUAAGAUCCUGGUGAACUUCUUGCGCCAGCGACAGACCAUCUCCUACAACCAGUGCAUGGCCCAGAUGUUCUUCCUGAUCUCUUUCACGGGGACAGAGGCUCUGCUGCUGGCCAUCAUGGCCUACGACCGCUAUGCCGCCAUCUGUAAACCUCUGCAUUACUCCUUGCUCAUGAACACCAAGGUAUGCACCCUACUAGCCUUCGCCACUUGGAUCUGUGGCUUCCUGGAUUCAGCUCUUCAUACAGCUCUUGGCUCAAACUUGUACUUCUGCGAAACCAACCAGAUUCGUACCAUUUUCUGCAAUCUUCCCCCGCUAAUGAAAAUUUCUUGCAGUGAUACACAGGCCAUUGAAAUGGCAUUAGGCAUGGCAAGUCUUUUUGUGGGCGUGGCGCCCUUCUUGUUCACUAUCCUCUCGUACAUCUUCAUCCUGUCCUCCAUCUUGAGGAUCCAUUCCACCACGGGCAAGCGUAAAGCUUUUUCCACUUGUGGUUCUCACCUCACCGUUGUCAUCAUUUACUAUGGAAAUGGGUUACUUAACUACAACAGACCGAGUUCUGGGUACUCUUUGGAGAUCGACACUCUGGUCUCUACCAUGUUCUGCAUCAUCCCCCCUUUGAUGAACCCCCUCAUCUAUAGCCUCCGCAACAAGGAGGUGAAAGGGGCCCUGAAGAAGGUUCUGGAAAGCCAGAGCAAGUCUGUAUGUCUCCACACUAGAAAUUAG